CUUUGUGUCUUGUCACGGGCAAACAUGCAGCGAAAAUCUGAUUCUGAAACAUUAAAGACGUCGAGAACAGCUUACAGCGAUGCUGCUUUGACUUCAACCCAAGUUUUUACAUAGCACUAGGCCUUUAAGGUCGGAAGGGACGUUGAGAACAAAGACGUCCUUCAACUUUAAGGACUGAGGACAAUGUGGCCCGUUUCAAGGCUGCUUUGAAUAGGGACCGACGCUUGAAUAGGAGAUUAAUCGCAGAGAAUUCUUCCAGAUUUUUCGAGUUUAAUGCAGAAUUCGUUUGCAUAACGCUGCCUGAGACUGCGCUGCAUUUUCGUUCGUGAAAAGAGUCAGACUGGGGUUCUCUGCCAACUGCUUCGAACCCCAGUUUCUUUUUGCAGGCCUUUCUCACGUGCAUAUAAAAAUCAUUCUCUUUACUUUUGGGAUAUACAUUUCGAAAAUCGUAUUUAAAUAACAUUCUAAAACACUAACAAUAGUUAAAAUACCUAAUUACAAAUACAUAAUUAAAAAAAUAUCGCCCGAUAAAAAAUAUAGACAAUCAUGGUAAAAAUAUACGACGUGUUGCUCUUUCUAGCAGAGAUAUUACUGCUUAUUUUGAAAGUUGUAUAUUACAUUUGCGAAGAUAUAUACAGAUUUAUCGUGCCAGCGAAGGAAAAGAGCGUCGCUGGCGAAAUUGUUUUGAUAACAGGUGCAGGUCAUGGGAUCGGAAAGAAAUUGGCGAUUGGCUAUGCAUCGUUAGGAGCAACAGUGAUAUGUUGGGAUAUCAAUGAAGAAACAAACAACGAGACAAUGAACGUAAUUAAAAGAAUGGGAAAAGAUGUUUAUGCGUAUCGGGUACCUCCGCAAUACAAAUUGGAAAAGUAUAUAUACAUAUAUAUAAUUAAAUUUGUGCAAUCUGCUGUUUACAAAUAUAUGAAAAAAUAUUACUUUCAGAUGUUGAAAGCAUUCUUACCAAGUAUGAUCGAAAAGAAUCACGGUCAUAUUGUAGCACUUUCAUCACUAGCAGCGUUGGUCAGCCUUGCCCAUGGAACGGUUUACUGUCCUUCAAAAUGCGCAGUCCAAGCAAUUACGGCAACUAUGUUUGAAGAAUUACGUAUACUGUGUGAUAGAAAAUCUUCUAUCAAAUUCACUACCAUUUACCCGUCCUUAGUACUUACUGGAUUUCUUAAACAACACAAUUUUAGGCAUCCAUGGUUAUUCAACAGAUUUCUUAUAUUGUCACCACAGAAAGCAGCUACGUUAAUAAUUAAUGCGCAAAGAAGAAAUUAUGAAAAUGAAAGUCUACCAUCAUGGUCUUUGCCUUUCGUUAAAAUAAUGAGUCUUUUGCCCGACAAAGCAAUAAAGUGCAUACUGGACUUCGCGGGUAUAACUGUAGUCCUUCCAAAUGAUUAAAAAAUAUCAUAUGAUAUAAGUUUCAUAAACUUUAUUAUGUAUUAUAAUAUGUAUAUAUA